CUUCCGGUAGCAGUGUUGUUUGAGAAGUACCUCCUUCCAGCGGGGGAGAAGUCGCCGAGGGUUGAAAUUGAAGGGGGUUCUUUACUGGAUUAUUUAAAAAGAAAAUAAAAAUUCAUAAUUCUCGUCGGACGAUGGCAAAUUAAUAAACUUAAAGAAAAGAUUAUCCUAUAAUGACCUCACAAAGUAAUAAAGAAUCCGUCGUCAUGGCUGGGAGCCUUGUUUCUAAAGCUUUCAAUCACAAUGGAGUGUUGCAGACUGUUAUUAAACAAGAAGCUAUUGAGAAUUCCAAAAGUCCAGCAUCUCAGAAGCAGUCUGACAAAAAUGUAUCUGGGGGUACAAAUAAUGGUGAAGAAGAGCAACGUGUAGUGAAAAAACGGGGCUGGCCAAAAGGAAAGAAAAGGAAGAAAGUUUUACCCAAUGGUCCGAAAGCACCUGUAACUGGGUACGUCCGAUUUCUCAAUGAGCGUCGAGAGCAAAUUCGUAUGCAGCAUCCAGACUUGCCAUUCCCAGAAAUCACACGCAUGCUUGGAAAUGAAUGGAGCAAACUUCCUGCUUUAGAAAAGCAGCAUUAUUUGGACGAAGCAGAAAAGGACAAACAACAGUACCUGAAAGAACUUAAAGAAUUUCAGCAAACUGAGGCCUAUAAACUGAGCACAGAAAAAAUCCAGGAGAAGAAACUAAAGAAGGAAGAGCUGUGGCCAGGAGUUAAUGGUCCCGUCCCCAAGGCAGCUGAUGAUUCACCAGACAGAAUUUCCAUGUUUGACACCCCCAUUUUUACAGAGGAAUUCCUUGACCAGACCAAAGCUCGUGAAUCAGAAUUACGAAAAUUAAGGAAGUCAAAUGUGGAAUUUGAAGAGCAGAAUGUUAUCUUACAAAAACACAUAGAGACUAUGAAUAAUGCCAAAGAGAAACUCGAGCAGGAGUUGGCAUUGGAAGAGAGGCAAACACUGACCUUGCAACAUCAGCUCCAGGCAGUACGCCAGGCCCUUACCACCAGCUUUGCUUCAAUUCCCAUUCCAGGUACUGGAGAAACACCAACAGAAGGAACACUUGAUACAUACAUGGCUAAACUCCAUAAUAUCAUUGGGAGCAGUCCCAUAGAAUAUGAAAAACUAGUUGGAAGGGUGCAGGAGAUCAUCAGCCAGCUGGAUAGUGAUAAGUUAUGAAGAUGGAAAGAAAUGUUUGUAAAAAUGCAAAAUAACCAUAUCCAUGGUAUUCCACCAGAGACUGCAACUUGUUGGAUUUUUAAAAUAGCUAGUUUCCACCAUAGACUUGUUCCAAAACAAUGCAACAGCAUAUAAAAUAGUAAUUGCCGCUCCUGGAAUUUGAGGAAAUCACCUCCAACACCUAAAAUACCUCAAAAAGAAGCAACUCUUCCAGCCACAGGUUUUUUCCCGUCCUCCAUCUUGGAUAGAAGAUAAUGUACAAUUAAAGUAUUGGAUUGUGUGAAUUUCUUUUGGAAUCUAAAAUAUGGUGAGGAAUUAGAAAUUCUAUUGCAUUUUCUUUAGUUAAGAUUACAUUCCAUAGAAUGUAAGGGAAUAUGUAUAGUACAAGACCUGGGGAACAUAUCUUCUCAAACAAAUAAUUUCACUAUAGAAUUUCUUGUUUGCAUUUGGUAUGAAAAUACUGCAGUUUUUUUAAGUUAGCUACACACAGGUAGAAAAUUGUAAAUAUUUUUGUGCUUGGUACUAAUCAAAAUUGAUUCAUUUAAUAUCUGCAUGAUACACAUUUUAAUUACAUUAAUUCAAAAAAAUUACUUGAGGUGAGAUUAAAGUAUUGGUAAUGAAUUCACAAUAGGUAAAUAGAAUUAUUUUUUACGUAUUCAUGUUUUCAUGACACUUAGCUAUGAUGGCAAAAUCCCAUUGAGUACUGCUGUUCAUAUAAACCCAAUAAGAAUUGUACAGUAAAAUCAAUACUCGAAUUAAUAUAUUCACAUUACGUCUGCUCUCAUUUAUUUAAAGUGACAAUUUUUCCUUAUUCUUUCCAAACACACUCAACCUGAACAGCAAUAUUGUUAACGUCUUAUUUGUCUUAUUGUCCAGGUUGUCAGGUCCCCUCUGACGCUGGGGUAAAUAGAAAAGAACAAUAGAAACCGAAAUAAGCAUGUACGUUGCCUCGUGUGUCAAUAAAAGCAGAGUAAACCUUGAAGUUGAAAACUACUACUCUAAAUUGGGUGAUAUAGUGCUAUUCAUUCUUGUGAUAGUAUUUAUUUUACAUAAAUAUAAACAUGUACUAUAAGAUCAUUUGUGAGCACUUUUUCAUUUGAAAUGAUAUUCAUAACUGACAAAUAUAUACUGACAUCCUGUGUUAGUGGUAAGAAUGAUGUUUGUGUUCUAUAUUGUAAUACGAACGAAAGAAAACGAAGAUCACAUACUGAGCAAGUGAUCUUGCUGCUUUCUCUGCUUUUUAAUCUGGGUUAAGUUCUGUCCACCAAUUUCAAAGCAUCGUUGAGAAACGAGAGAACCGCUUGUAUUGACAUUUGGGUGCAUGCAGUAAAUUCAGCAAGGGAGGUCGGUUAAAUGUGUUUAAAAGCGCAUGCUAUCUGCCUUAGAAAUGUGGUGUUUUAGGUUUAAAUGUUAAUUUAGUUCUGUAAGUUGCAACAGUUACAAGAGUGACUUUCUUUUGUCUCUGUAAAUAAAAAAGAUGAAAGUC